AUGUCGCUCCAAACCCUCCCCAUCGAGCUGGUGCUUCUGGUCGCUGAACACUGCGACUCCCAGUCUGAUGUGGUGGCCUUGACCCGAACCUCAAAGCGCCUCGCAACAAUCCUAGCCCCUCGCCAGCUAGAAAUCAACAUCAAACGCUUCGAAGCCUCCGUACUAACUAGGGCAGUGGUGACCAACAAUAUCCAAGUCGCAAAUGCCAUGCUCGAAGGCAUAUCAAGGAACAGCGUCUUGAGUAGUAUCCUCAAAUAUCGCGUCCAGAUCCCAAAAUCCAGCCAUCCGUUCACGCUUCGCUUGCACGCAUGGUCUCCUCCACUCUGGAAGUUGAUCAACUUAGCUAGUUGUCCACUCUACAAGCUGCUGCAGGAAUCCGGAAAACUCGACAACCUCCUCUACCUGGCUGUCGACAACGGACAUCUGGACAUGGUCACGCUUUUGCUAUUCUUUGGUGCGGACCCGAGGGCUGGACAUGAGAACCACGCCGAAGGAGAGCCGGCUGCGCUUGUGAGGGCCAGUCAACGCGCUCUUCCAGUUGACGGUAUUUCCGGCGAGAUUACUAUGGCGUUGGUGGAUCAUCGAAAAGCUGAUAUGAGAUGGGUGCUGAGGAUAUGGAGCCGGCACUAUAGGGAGCUUGCUAACAACUGA